GUCGCAAUUGGCAAAGUACCAAUCAGUUGUGACUGUUGCGGUCCUUGCUCGUUCACCACAACAACCGCUGAUGCUUACCCACCUCAUUCGCCGUCAUUGCCUCUCGCCUCGCCUGUUCUCCACCACCUUCACCGCAGCACGCGCCGUCAGCAUGUUUGCCGCCUGUCGACAGCCUGCCAUGGUCUCCAAGGACAAGGCGCUCCCUGGCCGGGAUGAGGAGAUGAAAAUCUCCGACAAGCACUUUGUCCUCGGGAACCCCAUGAAGCCACCGUUCCCAGACAACAUGGAGCAAGUCGUUGUCGCCACAGGCUGCUUCUGGGGCACGGAGCGGCUGUUCUACAAGCGCCUGCCUGGAGUGUACACAACCGCUGUUGGCUACAUCAACGGUUUCACCAAGAACCCGACAUACAAGGAAGUGUGCACCGGAAGGACAGGCCACACGGAGGCUGUGCUUGUCGUGUUUGAUCCAGCCAAGGCGUCGUUUGCCGACCUGCUGAAGAUCUUCUGGGAGUCGCACAACCCCACGCACGGGUUCCGCCAGGGCCCAGAUGUGGGCACACAGUACCGCAGCGGCAUCUACUGCACAACCGACAAGCAGAUGCGCCUUGCCGAGGCAUCGAAGAAGGCGUAUCAGGCCAAGCUCGACGGCAAGGCCAUCACCACGGAGAUUGUGGCCUGUCCAACCUUCUACUACGCCGAGGACUAUCACCAGCAGUACCUCGACAAGCCAGGCAACCGCCAAUACUGCGGAGCCGCACCAACAGGCGAAGCGCUGCCGCCGCCGUUGGAAUGGGAUCUGAGCGACGAGGACAAGGCCAGCACCUCCACCAACCCAGACGUUUGGAGCAAGGUCUGGGCAGGCUGUGUCUUUGGCGAGUGAGCACUGGAACUUGGUUGGUGGUGGUGUUCGUAUCGAUUGCGGUUUUGUUGGAGACGGGUGACAUCAAUUGCGGUUUUGUUGACGAUGUGUUGCUUGCUGCUUUGUCAGUGGCGUGUCGAUUGUCAUUUUGUCGUUCAAUGUGUGUGUGUGUGUUUGUACGAGGAAGAUGUGAGUGUUGAUUCAAUUGAGUUUGCACACAACAGAGGCAUGAACAAACGAACCAAGCACACACAGAGCAACAGCAACACGAACAGCAAGAACACAAAGCAACAGCGAAAGAACCAACAACAGAAGCAGGGUUGAACUGUUAAACAGACAACACAAACA